AUGUACGAGGAUGCCUGGAUCAGCGGCAUUGUCCCGGAGCACCACCGCGAGCCCGAGAAGCCCAGGGCCGCUGCCCACCGCCGCCGCGUUUCGCUUCUCAAGCAGCCCAAUGAGAGCAACCAGGCUGACGUCGAUCCCGUAGAAGCCAUUCCGGACAUAGUCGAGGAGCCCGAGCUGGAUAAUGGGCCGCCGCAGGCCACCGUCGCCCGCCGCGCCAAGUCGUUCAGCGACUUCUACGACGUUGCGCGCGCGCACCUAAAGAAAGAGCGAGACCUGGAGAAGCUCAAGCUCAAGAAGCGCUCGAGGGAUCAGCUGCGGACCGAGCUGGACUUCGGAGAUUGGUACAAUGGCAUUAGCGACGAGCUACUGGACGCAAGCCACGAAGAGUAUCAGCUGUAUCGCGAUCAACUUCAUCUGUCCCAACGACACCUUGAUUCCCUGCUGGAAAGCACCUCUUCCGCCCUCGAUCUCCUGUCCGCGCUCUCCGACUCGUUCAAGUCCGUAUCUGCCCAGACCACCACCUUCCAGAGCCAAUGCGAGGGCUUGAUAGCAGACCAGAAGCGCGUUACGAAGCUCGCCGACGACAUCUCCGAGAAUCUCCAAUACUACACCUACCUAGAGCCCACCACAAGGAGGCUCAAUGCUCCCGGCGCAACCAAUUUCGUCCGCGCCGACGGCUUCACCGACAUGCUGCUCAAUCUGGACAGCUGUAUAGACUACAUGAUGGCCCAUCCAAACCACAGCGAGUCGGCAACAUACCGUUCUCGCUACCGACUCCUGCUUACGCGCGCGCUUUCUCUCAUUCGAGUCCACUUCACCAAUACCCUCCGCGAGAUCGCCGCCGACGUCUCCAAGAGGAUAGCCGACCGCCAGUUGAACGAUACCACAAUGUCCGCAUUGCUUUAUGCCAAAUUCCGUGUCGGUGCGGCAGAGCUGAAGGAGCUGGGUCUGGAGAUCCAGAAGAGAGCUGUAUUGCCAGCCGAUGCAGACCCCGAUUCCGAACCAGAGUACCAGAGCUUGAUGAACGAACUCUACCAAAGCUACUCGGCAACUCGAGGAAGACUGAUACUCCCCUUGAUCGCGAAGAAGAUGGCGGAGAUAUCGUUGGCACCGAGCUCUGCGAACGACCUGGUCACGUUCGCCAGGAGUAGCAUCAGCUACAUCCGCGGCAUCUGCUUCGAUGAAUACGGGCUGUGGGAAGAGUGGUUUGUGGGCGAGGGAGGCGUGUACGAUUUCCUGGAGAGCAUCAUGGAACCAUUCUACGACUAUUUACGGCCGCGCACCAUCCAUGAGACGCAACUGGUAAAACUCUGCGAACUCUGCACCCUGAUCCAGACCCGAUACAUGGAAGAGGAAGAGGAAGAAUAUGAGCCAGUGGAGUCAGUCCGGCUCAAGUUCGCCGAUUUGAUCCUCCCGGCGUUAGAAGAUGCUCAGACAAGAUUGGUCUUCCUUACUCUGUCCAUCCUUCGAGACGAGAUCGAGUACUACAAGCCCAAGCCCGAGGACCUAGACUACCACUCACGUAACCGAAAGCCCUCGGAGGCCGAUCAGACAGGGCCUGUUCUAUCAGGGAAGAAGACCACGAACGGGCCGAUGAUGAUCCCAGCGGGAUUGGAGGAUGAAGACGGCGAUUCGCGCUGGGCAUUCAACGCGGAAGCCGCAUUCAGAGACUGGUACCCCACGCUCCGCAAAGCCAUCUGGCUGCUCAGCAAAAUCUACCGCCUCGUAAACUCCACCGUCUUCGACGACCUCGCCCACCAAAUCGUCCACCAAACCACCCUCUCCCUCUACGCGGCGGCGGCGCAAAUCGCGUCGCGCCACUCGCCGACGGACUCGCAGCUCUUCCUCAUCAAGCACCUGCUCCUGCUCAAGCAGCAGAUCGUCGCCUUCGACAUCGAGUUCGUCGCGCAGGACGUCUCGCUCGACUUCUCGUCGGUGACGUCGACCUUUUACGAGCUCCGCGACCGCGGCGCCCUCUUCAACCCGGCCAACCUCGUCCGCGGCCUCGUCGCCGGCUCGCUCCUGCCCCGCGUCGUCGAGAACAUGCUCGACGCCAAGGCCGAGCUCGACGGCCGCCUGCGCACCGUCAUCAACGACUUCACGUCCGCGUUUGCCGGCCGCGUCACGGCGCCCCUGUCCAAGGCCGCGAAGACGACGACGAAAAAGGGGAAGUUUGGUGGUGGUGGUAUCGGUGACGGAGAGCAGAAAGCCGCACUGGCCGCCGUCGCAGAGGUCCGCGCCUCGGUCGAGCGCGAGGUCGCGUUCCUCCGCGGCAAGCUCGACGCCUUCGUCGACGACCUGCGCACGCGCGAGACGCUGGUCGUCGCCGUCGUCGAGCAGGUCGUCGCAAACUACGAGGCCUUUUGGGAACGGCUGGUCGCCGAGGAAGAUGGCGGCGGCGGCGGACAGAAGCAGGGGGCUGCGGCGGCCAAGGGCAAGGCGAGGGCGGACGAGGUGUGGGAGCCGGGCGUGUUUGCCGAGUGGUGCGCGGGCGUGUUUAGGGUCGGCCAGUUUGGGUUGGGGGCGCAGCUGGAGGGUGCGAAUGCGGAUGCGGGCGUGGGUGCGGAGGAGGGGGAAGAGGUGCAACAAGGGGUGGGCGAUGAUGAGGAAGAGGGGAGCGUUACCAGUACGUAG